AGAAAAUAGAAGCACUCUUAAAAGAAACCGUAUCUUUUCUUCAUACUGACAAAAACGAUGGGACAAAUGUAGAUCCCUGUAUGUCUUUGAUAAUCCUACAAUAAACACGUUUCGAAAAGAAUAUUUUUAUUUUAAUGAGUUGAUAGGGAAUUUUCUUUUCUUUUAAACUGUUCAUGACUUAUACUUGUAACACAUUCGUAAAAACAAUGACAUAAGAGAAAAACAGAAAGACCGAUGCAAUAAAUUUUCUAAUUUUUUUCUAUGAAUUACUCAAAUAUCACUUGUUCGAUUAAAAGUAAUUCAAUUUUUGCGAAUUCAUUGGAAAUAUCUUGUAAAAUGACGGUUAAUUAUAAUUAAUUGUCAUGUACAAGAUAUCUUUGACGAAAUGUUAUAAAAAUUCUAAAUUUAUUUUGUGAAUGUUUCUAUUUUUUUUACUCGUUUUAUCAUUUGUUAUCUCACCUACGAAAACUCUAUUCAGUAGAAUUUUCAUCGAACGUUCUAUCAUUACGUUUUAUGAAAAAUAUCUAAAGCUUGGUAUCAAAUUCUUUUCUGUUUCGUAGACAACGACUCUCUAAUCGUUUGUCAACAUAUGAUCAGAAUUUCUUUCUAGCAAAAAUAUUCAAACACAAGAUUAACUUCGAAUGAAGACUUGUUAAUUGUUGUAGCGAUCUAAAUGAUUAUAGAAAUUUGUCUCAUCAUGAAUCUGAGAUUUCGAGUGAAUCAAUUUAAACUUGGGGUUUAGAAUGAUUAAAAUGCUUUGAAUAGUUUCAAAUAUUUAAAUAAUUGUCCAAGUAUUUCUAGAGAUUUGUACAUCGUCACACAAGCAUUUGAAGGUUCAGCUUUGCAUUUAGACAUUUUGAGAUAUUGUCGAAACUUUUAAGAAAUCUAUUUGAGCAUUUCAGCUUGCCUAACAUUUCUUUUUCAAUGUGUUCAAAUUAGAGAUUGACGUGACUUAUGGUUACGGUCAUUACUCUGACUAUGAUAGGUUCUCCUUUUAUUAACUAAACGAAAAUAACUGAAUUUGCACGUUCGAAUCGAAUGUUCACGAAUAUAAACAACUGUUGCAGAUGUUUAUUUGAAUUUAAUUUUAGUAAUUUCUCAUGAUUUUGAUCUGGCUAAAUUAUCAUUACUUGAUAAUGUUCAAUUAAUAAAAUCUAAAACUGAAUUAAUUGAUAAUUUACUUGAAAUCGAAAUAGCUUAUUCAAUGUUAAAUGAAUCAAAUAAUACAAUAGAAGGUAAUGAACAUCCAAUAGAUGUUUAUUAUAAAAAAUUCAAAUGUGCUCUUGAACCAGUUGAUCAUCAUUCAGAAGAAUUUAAACUUAUUCAAAAAUAUAUGAUCAAUACUCAUGCUAAAACUCAUGAUCAAUAUAUAUUAAAAUUACGUGAAUUAUUUAAAACCACAUGUGAAGAAGAAUCUGAUCGUUUUGAAAAAUUUCAAACACUUGAUAAUCAUCAAUUAUUAUGGCAUGGAUCAAGAACAACUAACUUUGUUGGUAUUUUUAGUCAAGGUUUAUGUAUUGCUCUACCUGAAGCACCAGUUACGGGUUAUAUGUUUGUUAAAGGUGUUUAUUUUGCUGAUAUGGUUUCAAACAGUGUUGCACUUGGAAAAAUGUAUGAAUAUUAUAAAGCAACUAAUUUAGCUACAUCAACAUUAUCAGCUGGUACUCAUUCGACCAAAGGUUGUGGAGGAUCAACAAUGCCAGAUCCAAAAGAAUUUUAUUAUAUAAAUGACAGUGUACUUAUUCCAAUGGUUCAUGGAAUUCCAUCAAAUGUUUGA